ACCCGUCGGUCUAGGCAAAAGUCUCCAGAAAACUCAGAAACAGGCGAUUCUGUCUCUUCUCUGGUGGAAAAUAGGCGAGAACUACGAGGGCAUCAAGAGGUCGGUGGCGUCGGUUUCGCAACUAGCUCUACUAAAUCGACAUCACCGGGACCUGGCUUUUUGAGCCGGAACUCGGGUCUACUAACACCAUUUGCCUGGCACCAGCUGAGACGCACCGUCAACAUGGUGUCGGAUAAGAAUGAACGAAGCCGGAACCGCCAAUACACUGCUCGUUCACUCGGCCUCGUAAGGGGUCUAACGGAAACUAUCACAGACGAGGGGAAUGGACGAAUGGCUGAAGUUGAUCCAGUGUUGACGACUUCGGUGGCAGAAGAAGGAGAAGGCUUUGACACUGACUAUGAUUAUAUUUACGAUGACGACAGAUUGAAUAGCGAGGAGGACUUUACUCAAGAGGAUCAAUUGGUAGAUAAUUAUGUCCAAGAAGAACAGUCUAAUUUAGCCUCAGCUGACUCACAAAUCUUCGCUCAGUUACUCACUGUAUGGGAGGCCCCAAGCCCUCAAUACUUUGUGAAUCUGAUCCUUUCUAUCUUGAACAGUAAGUUGUUUUAUUAUGUUUUAUAA